AUGAACCCCGCCUUGAAGCGCCAGUUUGAGGCAGCAGCUGCGGUUGACAAAGUGGUGGAAAAGCAGAAGCAGGCUCGUGGACGAGAAAUCGGAACUGUCCUUGACUAUGACAAGGGUAAGGGCUUCGGCUUCAUCUUAGAUGGAGAUCAGGAGAAGAUCUUUGUCCACCAGUCACAGAUCGUUGCUCCGGGCUUCCGCAUGCUUGUGAAAGACCAGAAGGUAUCUUUCCUGCGUGGAGAGAAUCGCGGCAAGCCUUGGUGUGAGGAUGUGCGAAAUCCCGAUGGGUCUCCUAUAGCUCAGGAGAAGCCUGAAGAGAACUCGUCCACCAUGGCCAAAAAGCGUCGACAGCAGCUCAAGGAGCAGUGGCGAAACUUCUUUGAGAUACCACAGUAUGCUGUGAAGGGCUACGGCGAGUCAUUGCCAGCAACUGUGGCAAAUCAGGAUGCUUUCGUCCUUGGCGAGACUGUUCCCCAGCUGGGCAAGGUUUUCGUCAUGGCUCACGGGUGCACGGCAACGGUUGGAAAGGGCAACGAAUGUGCCACGUUUGCAAAGGAGAAGCUGCCGAAAUUCAUUGCCAAGGCUUAUGAGGAAAAGCCAGAUGCUGAGGAAGCUCUGAAGUCGGCCUUCGAGAUGCUGGAGACGGAGUUCAUGGAGCGGGCGAAGAUGAAAAGCCUCACUGACGGGGCUGAGGUCACCGCAGCUCUUUUUGUCCAUGCUCUCAACGCAUCUGGUCAGCCUUGCGUGCAGCUGUGGAUUGCAAACUGCGGCGCUUCUGUUGUGGCCCUGUGCAGCCACGAAGGCGCGCCCGUGCGGGUCAUGGAGCCAUUCACCACGCAGAAGGCAAGCGCUGCUCUCAAGGAGGUGGGCUUCAAUGUCACCGACUCGGGAAAAGUGGAUGUUUCCUUCGCAGAGGUUGGUCAGUCAAGACCGAGCCAGAUCUUCAGGAUGCCAGCGGCUAGACUGGUAGGUGGCAGGCCAUUCAAGACCACAAGGUCUCCAGUGGUGGGCCAGCCGGCAGUCAAAAAGGUGCGCGAGUGGCGCUGCGUCGCCGGGGAAGAGCCCUUCCUGGUUGUCUUUUCUGCAGAGGUGGCGUCCGUUCUCAAAGACCAGGAUGUCAUGAACGUUGCCUUAGAUGCCUGGGGAAGCCCGGCACAAGGGCUUGAUGGCUGGGAGGCAGCCAGCAAGGCUGUGGUGCGCACGGCGCAGGCCCAAGGCCCAGACCGCGAUUCCCUGGCUUGCAUGGCGGUGCAGUGCUGGUGGCAGGAAAAGCCGCUGCAGCGCCUCCUAGCCAAGAGGGCCGACAAGAAAGACGCGGAAACUGAGAAAGUGAGCAAGCCUGUUGAUGACGGCUUUGACAUGUUUGGGUGA